UGUCCACGUGACCUAUACUCAGUCUCGCUUCAUUCGCAGCUCGCGUAAUUGCAAAUGCAAAAUGUGGAAACGUUUAAAUUUCUUUAAAACAAUAUCAUAUUGUGGUUGAGUUUUUGUGUUAUGUUAUCAAAAUGCCUGCAUCAAUUGGUGUUAAUUUACGUGUAACUGGCCAUUGUAGCCAAGGCGGGAGAAAGUAUAUGGAAGAUUUGUUUUCUGUUGCGUAUCAACAAACUGAGGAUGAGAGAGAUUUAGAGUACGCUUUUUUUGGAAUAUACGAUGGUCAUGGUGGAGGCGAAGCUGCCGCCUUUGCUAAGGAACAUUUAAUGGACUCGAUAGUAAUGCAGCGACAGUUUUGGUCCGAUAAUGACGAGGACGUUCUGAAAGCUAUUCGCAAUGGUUACAUGUUGACCCACUUGAAUAUGUGGAAAGAAGUAGAAAAAUGGCCAAAAACAGUAACAGGGUUGCCAAGUACCGCUGGUACUACAGCGAGCAUAGCAUUCAUAAGACGUGGCAAAAUUUACAUUGGUCAUGUUGGUGAUUCUGCUAUUGUGCUCGGUUACCAAAAAGAUGGUUGUGAAGAAUGGGCUGCCAAACCACUUACAUUAGAUCACAAGCCAGAAUGCAGUACAGAGAUAGAAAGAAUACAGCGUUGUGGAGGCAAAGUCAUUUCAAAGGCUGGAGUGCCUCGAGUAGUGUGGAACAGACCUCGGCCAGGGCAUAAGGGUCCCAUAAAGAAGAACACACCUAUGGACGAGAUACCUUUUUUGGCUGUGGCGCGAUCAUUGGGUGAUCUAUGGAGCUACAAUCCCCAAAAUGAUGAAUUUAUUGUUAGCCCAGACCCUGAUGUUGGAGUGUUGACUAUUGACCCCUCGAAGUUCCGGUGUCUUAUAUUUGGUACUGAUGGUUUAUGGAACAUGAUAUCACCCGAAGGAGCAGUGAGUUUAGUGCAAGCUACGGAGAAACACAAUGAGGCAGUGUUGGUCGGUGGAGGAAAUCAACCCCGGGAUUGGUUAAAUCCUUCAAAGAGUCUUGUUGACCAUGCUCUGGAAAAAUGGUCCAACACAAGAAUGAGGGCUGAUAACACAUCAGUUGUUACCUUAAUGUUAGAUCCACCUGGGCCACCCAGAGCCACUGUCCUUCAAUCAAGAACUGCACAAAAACCUCAGACUUUGGUUUCACCUGCUGCACCCUCAAAACCUGUAGGAACUGGACCAAAAGUGGAUGAAGCAAAACCAGAUCCAAGCAAGGAAGGUGAAAACCGUCACGUUCCACAAAAUGGCCUCACUAUUAUGACGCGGUACUCUGACGUCGAUAAGCCUGCACCCUCGGCGGAUGAAUCUGAUCGAACCCCUCUUCCACCUUGUGCGUCAAUUGAUGGACGUUUCUCAGUCGGUGCUCGAGAGGAAUCUAACAACGAAAGCAAAGAAGAUAGUGAUACUAUUUUAAACUAUGGCAAUCCUGCCGAAUCCUAUUUCAUGGCGCGCUUAUUGAACAGAACUCGCGUCGUAAACACACUCUCUGAAGUCUACGAUGAAAUAGUUAGUGGCCGUCCAAAAGAGUCCUCCGAGCCUCGGGAACCGACCCCGGUUCCUACUACAGCUUUGCCUGAAGAGAAGAGCGAGGAGAGUCGUCCCGCAGCAGGGCCUCGUCAAUCUCUACCUCCAGAAGAAACCCCCAACACUGAAGUUCUCGGUGCAGAGUCAGAUGACAUUAGUAUACAGAUAAACGAGGUGUCGUCCAGCUCACCCACCGAGGGGCCCCUGCGGCCGCCGCCGCGCCGCGCCGCCGCGCCCGACCCCGACGAGGCGGCCCGGCGCACGCGCUCGCAGCUGGCGGCGCGCAGCAGCAGCGGGCCGGCGGGAAACUCCCCGCGCGCCCCGGGGCCGGCGCGGCGGGCCCCGGCGGCGCCCGCCCGCUCGAAGGAGAACCGCGGCGCCGCGACCCGCCGCGCCCGCGCCCGCGCCGCGCGCGCCUCGCCCUCGCCGCCCUCGCGCCUGCCGCGCACGCGCCGCGCGGAUAACGAGCCCGAGGUGCACUCGACGACGGCGGACCGCGAGGCGCGCGCGCUGCGCUCGCGCAACGAGGCGGCGGGCGAGGCGAGCGCGGGGCCGGGGGCGGGGGCGGGGGCGGCGGGCGCCAAGCGGCCGCGGCUGGAGGACGGCAAGGGCAAGUGCGCGCGCGCGCUCGGCAAGCGCGCGUCGGGCCCGUGGGCGCCCGCGCUGGCGCUGCGCAACCGCCUGCGCCGGAGACUCGUCAAGUAGCGUUAGUGAUGUGGUUACCUGUGAGUGUGGUGUUGCAACGGUGCCUUCGAAGUACUGCCAAAGUACCCUUUUGACUGUUAUGUCGCGCGCGUGGCUCGCGAGAGAUCCAAAGAUGACUGCGUCGUAUACGGUUAGAUUUCUGUUGUUUUUUUAUUUUAUUUUAUCGCUAGUUGGAGCUCGGAUCAUAGUUAAUAGUGUUGCGAUUGAAUCCUUAGUUGUUUAGCUAUAGCCCGCCCCGCGGCACCCUACUUUAGUUCUCGACUGUUAGUUUUCUGUUCUCGCUUUCGUUCCUCAUUAUGAAUUAUCUCGUACCUACGGUCAUGGUCGACGUGAACAAUAGUACAAAAGCAUAUUGCGUAGUUAACUUGUAAGACGAAAGCGUGGACCAGGCGGAUAAUGUUAGCCCAAAUGAAUACAUAUUUAUUUAUCUAUAUUUAUAGCACCUAUCGUGUUGCAUUUAACUUUAGGCGAAAUGUGAAAAUUUGAUUUUCAUAGGGAUCAUGUGAAGUCAGAGGCUACAUGUGACUGACAUUGAAUGGUGUGCGAUUUUUCACAACCUUAUGUACUUUUACAAGAGUUUCUGUUUUGUAGCUAGAAAAUGCGAUGUGAAUUAGAUAUUGUACCAAGAGUGCUUUUUCAAUAGAUUAAAUAUAUACAAGUAUUUUGUAUUACGGAUGAUAAUAUUUUUAUACAAAUGGCUGGUAAAUUUAUAUAGUGUAUGAAAAUGUUUUUCUUUGCAAAGUGUGAAUGCUAGAAGUUAUUCUUUUGGAAAAAGAAAUAUAUUUUGUGUACUCAGUUAUUCAAUAUGAGAAAAAAAAUCUUUAAAUGACGAAUAUAAAUAUAAAUAAACUACUUUUUUUGCACAUGCAUGUUUUGUAAAUAAUUUUUGACUUGAUCCAUUUAAGAAUACCAUUAUUAUAUAAUAUCCUGUUUACCAUCAUCGUUACUCAUGUAACUGUAUUGUAUAUUUACAUUUUUCCAUAAUGUUAUGCCUACAUAUAAAAUAUACAAAGAUUCCCCAUUAAACUCUUGGUGCUUUUGAAUAUUAACUUCUGAAUUCAUUUAUAAUAUCUCAAUUUCCACUAUAUUUUUAGUAUCCACGUUAAUAAUAAUGCAUUGUGAUUAUAAACCAUUGAUUUAUAUUUAAAGACCAAAAACCAUUUGUGUUUUACGAUUUUUGUUGACUCUGUAAAUUACAUUAUAAAUAAAAAGAAUUAUAUUAAAGAAAUGAGGAAAUUGUUCCAAUGAUUUGACUAUGUACGUUGGUUUUUUAAUGUUUAAAGUCAGUGUACAACUGUACAUAUUGCAUCAUAUAUUGUCAUCAUAGUAUAGACAUUAAAUAAAUAUUGUGCCUCAUUUGUUACCGACUUAAUGAAAAACAUAGGUAAAAGUGUUCUUUGAUAAAAUGAGAUAUUAUGUAUUUUUUAUUAAAAAAAAUAAAAUUUUAUGCAGUGUAAUUAGCUGUAAAAGAGAAUAUAAUAUAAUUUGUUAAGAUAAUUGUGUAAAGGUCUUAGUGAAUUUACAAAGCACUAAAGUGCAAUUUGGUUUGUAAAGUGUGGAAAUCCCAUUGUUUACAAAUAUAUUUAUUAGUGAUAAUCUAAAUUUUAUAAAUUAUUAUUAGGAUACUAAUUAAAUUAACUUUUUGAACAAUGUUUAGUGUUAUAAACUAAAAGCUUUUUAUUUGUUGAGAAUGGCAGGUGCAAAUAUUAACAUAUCGACUGUACUGCGCUUUUUCAUUGUUUAUAAUAAAUGGGAUUUGCAUACUAAGCUCGAAAGACGCAGAUUUUUCGACAUAACAUGUGCAAGGAUAUAGAAUGUUAAGUUUCAGAGUAUUUGACUACAUUGUUUGAGGGUAAGUUGUAUAUGGCCUUGAUCGUAAUACAUUUGGUGGUUAUAGCGUGUACUGGUAACGUUAGUGGGUGAAGCUGAAACAAAUUUAUAACUAUACAUAAUAUUAAUACCUAUUAAAGUAAAGGAUUAUUGUAGACUUUAUUUUUUGAUUUAAAUAAAGUUUGUAUGAAAGACGAA